UCAUGGAAAUGGUGGAAAUGCUUGAAAACAUGGAGGCUUCUACUUUGAAUCUUCUGAUGGACAUUGUAACUGACAUUGCAGAGAGCCACCUGAAAAAGUACUUCAAAUCCGACAGGAGGAGGUUCUGCUUGUGUUCUGAUAUAGAGCAGUAUUUCCCCAAGCUGCCUUAUGCUUUUGAUGAACAACAGAGAGUGAUGGAUGAGGCCUAUAAGGUCAUCGUUGGUUUGUACUUCAAACAUCUCAUCCAAAGCAACCAGAAGAAACUGAAGAAGUGCUGGCCUGACAUUGGAGAAACAGUCACUGAAGAUGCUGAGCUUCUUCAUAACACUAUCUCAGACCUGGCUCCUGGUGUCCAACAGCAGAACCACAUCCUGCUCAAAGUUACAGAAAUACUGGACUGCAACGACAUCGAUGCACACAAGAUCACAGCUGCAAACAUGCAGAAGAAAUGUCACAUAAAGAGUGAGGACAUGAAGCGCCUGCUGCAAUGGAAAGGUCUUUCUAAACGGGAGGUUCAAGAGGUGCUGGACGCCCUUCCUCCUGACCUUCAACCUACACCCGAUCCUGACAUUCAACUCCGAGUGGCAGAUCCUGGUGCUGCUGUUUCACCUGUUUUCUACCUGCUGGUGAAGACUGAGGUGCUCUACAGACGAUCAACGUCAACAAGCACAAGAGACAGAGCUGGAUAUGACCAGGUGGAUAAUGACUGUGGCAUGCCCUUGCUCAGAACACCUACAGGGAACUUGCUGAACUCCUGA